UUUACAUAGGAUCAGAAACAAUUUUUUCAUAGAAUGUAGAAUAUUCUUCCUUGUUCUAUAUUGCUUGGUUUCCGUCCUUGUGAUCGGGUUGAAAUAGAGAAAGUGUGAAGUACAGCAGAUAAACUAUAAUUCACAUGGAUUCAGAAGACGACGCAAGUACUUGUUCUAUUUGUUUUGAUUCCUUUUUACAUCCAAAGCUUCUCUCAUGUCGCCACACGUUCUGCAAACCUUGUCUCCAGGAUUACACCAAGAAAGUUGAAGUCAGCGAGAUAGUCUGUCCUUUGUGUCGCCAAAAGCAUAUACUCGACGACAGGGGCUUAGAUGGAUUGUUGGAUAAUUACUUUGUGCCCCUGAGGCCCCCAGAAUCCCCAUCUGUUCAAUGCUGUGAAAUUUGUUAUGUAGAGGUACUGGAGAUCAACCCGUGUAAGCACUGUGUUGUUAAGUUUUGUGAUUCGUGUAAAUCGUCACACGAUCUUGCUUUGAAAAUGUCAGGCGAGUUGAAAGACUCUGACCUUGAAUCUGAUGGCUGCGAAGAUGAUGACGAGUCGGAUGAUGGUGGCGGAAUUUCCUUGAGCAGACUUUUACAUUUUUCUGAGCAUAACUCUGGCACAAAAUUGAUAGUAAAAUUUUUGUCAUCCUUCAAAGUUCCUUGUGAAGCUAGUCGUUCCGAAGAACAAAUGACAGUUGCAUGCAUUUUUCCGAAAUCAGAAAACACUUGCUUGGUCAUUUAUGAGCAAAUGCCCGAAAUGAUAGAGUGUACAAUCAGAGGCAGACCUUUCGUGAGAAAGAGCUUCAGUGAAGGAAUUAGUGGAAUAACGAAAACAACAGAGGGCAAAAUCUUGUUUUCCAACUGUGCAGAUUCAGCUAUUUUCCAGAUGGUUGACGAAUCUCGGAUAUCUGUAUUUGCAAAAUGUUAUUCGUUCAGGCCUCUUUCUCUCUCAACAUUUAAGGAUGGGAGGAUAGCAUGCACUGGUAUCGCCAAAAACGACCACCAAUAUCGGAUAAGACGUUCACACUCACAGGGCGCUCUACAGAUAUUUGAUAAGACCGGAAAAUCCUUGAAUGAGUUUAGUAAAGUUGGUCAUGAGUUUUCGCUGAGGCGACCAAUCUGCGUAUCUGUUAAUCCUCAGAACGACACGGUAUGUGUGGCUGAUAUAGAAAGUAAUCAAGUUCUCAUUAUGACGGAUGAAGGCUACGUCAUUAGAAAAUAUAAAGGAAGAGGCGGCGACGAAAGAUCGAUGGGACUCAGGCUGAGUAUCGAUAUGUUUUUGCCUUCAUCCUUGUGUCACGACCCAGAAGGAAACCUGGUGGUAGCCAGUGUUGCAGACGGGUCACUUCACCUGUUACUUCCAAACGGUGAUCUCUGUGGGUUCAUCGAGACGAAAAACCAAUCUUCGUUUGGUAACCCAUACAGUUUGUGCUUUGAUUACCAAAAUAGGCUUUGGAUUGGGGAUCAUCGAAACGGGAAAAUAAAAAUCUUUGAAGUGAUGUCUUUCAAGAAUUCUCUUCAUCACACAGCACAUUAAUAUUGUUAAUGAUGACCCUUUAAUCUUUGUUUGUUUUAUUAAGGAAGCAUUGCUUUUGAUCUUUGUAUGUUUCCUACAAAACCGUACUGAUAAAUUGGUUUGUUUGAAUCGUGAGUAUAGAAGACAGAAAUUCCUUCGGCUUUUAUAUUAGUAUUUCACAGACAAUAGAUGUAUAUAUCAUAUGUGUAUAAUUAUCAUAUUUGUUUAAUUCUUAGAGAAUACUUUCCUGUCAUUAAAAUUAAUUCUACAUUCAAAAUAAAAGAAUUCUAUAUAUGGAUAUUAGUAAAAUAAAUAGAUAUGACAUUUUACAUAUCCAUAGCAAAAUCUAUUGCUUACGAAGUGAAAUAAACAAAUUUGUGAUGUUUUUGAAGGCUUUACAGUAUUUAAUAAUACAUCUGUUGAAUAUGUACCUUUCCCUGAAAUGAUUUUCAUGAGAAAAUGGUAAAUAUACAGAAUCAUGUAUGGUGGCAUAUUGAGGGAUAACUAUGUAGACUAGUCAAAUGUUGAUAUUGUCUAUUUAUAUCGUUAUGUUGAUCAAUUUAUAAGUUCUUUUUAUUGACAUUGCACUCAAGUGAACAUAAUUAAGUUGCAUAAGAACAAAACUAAGUUGCAUGUUAACAUAAAUACAUUGUAAGUUGCAUAUCAGCAUAUUUAUCUUGCAUUUUAAUAUAUAAAAAAGUUGUAUGUCGACAUAACUAAGUAUCAUCUAACAUCUAGGAUGUCACGAGUGAGCGAUAUUUGAGAUUUUUUAUAAUUCUUAGUUAAUUGCAAUUUUCUUGCAUGUCAAUGUAGUUAUGUUGUAUGUCGACAUAACAAAGUAUCAUCUAACAUCUAGGAUGUCACGAGUGAGCGAUAUUUGAGAUUUUUUAUAAUUCUUAUUUAAUUGCAAUUUUCUUGCAUGUCAACAUAGUUAUGUUGCAUGUCGACAUAACUAUCUUGUAUGCCAACAUAUUUAUCUUGCAUAUCGACAUAUUUGAUAGAAAGGGGCAGAGAUAUGCCACCAUACUCAAGCGUUAAAAAUUCAACAUGAGAACAUCUAAAAUCCAAAUUUGGAAUCCAUAAAAGCCAGUUGAUGGGAAGGGGGCUAUUUAGGCCUGGUCAGUUCAACUUCAUCUUAUAUAGACUUGCAAGAAGAAAGGAAAAAUUAGAAUUUAGACGUAAAUUAACAGACAAAGAUUUGUUAAAAAAUUUGAUUAGUCUUAUGAAGUCAUAGUGCGAAAAUAUUCCCUUUAUUGUUAAAAGUAAUGAAAAAGAUUGAUACGGUUCAAGGUUCAAAGAGGAAGUCUAAAAAAUGUUUAUGGAAGUGGUUUAUGUGAUCCUAGAUCUAUAAAAAUUAAGAAAAGGAGAUAUAUUUCUGCUGAAAUUUGAUUCGUGGCUAAUCGGAUAAACAUGUGAGGAUGACAAGAUUCUGUGUUAUAAAUUUGAAUUUAUGUUGGGAAUACACGUUUCAACAUUUUGAAAUUUGUAUUUAUUUAUUUAAUGCACAUUAUGCACGUUGUAUGUACCUUGCGUUAAAAAAAAUCAUCAUCUAAAUUUAAGUCUGCUGAGUACAGCGGAGUGGUUUACUAUAACAUG